AUGAAUGAGUAUGCUCGUGAAAUUCGCGAAUAUCGAGCGCAAGAGAAACUUGGCAAAGCUUAUGGAAAAAUAUUCGUGAAAGUCCUCGGUAUCACUAGGCUUAACGUUCCAAUCCCCCGACUUCCAACAUGGUUCACCUGCACGCUCAACAAUGGGAUUCAUUUUGUGACAACUCCGGAGUGCCGGCUGAUGGGGGAGAGCCCCAUUGAGCAGGAAUUUGAAUUGAUUGAACAUAGCAAGUUGGAGUUCACCCUAACAAUGAAAGUUCGCAGGGAUGCUCAUUUACAAGUGAAAGUCCCCCAAGUUGAGACGCCUCCGCCUCCACCGCUUCCACCAGCCCAAGUUCCAUCCAAGAGCAGCAUGAGUGGCAUGAGGGCUUUUUUCGGCGGCAGCCCAAAGAAGAAUAAAACUGCGCCUCCCAAGACACCAUCGCCUCCACCUCAGCCAAAACCACUGCCUCCAAGAGUGGUUGAAGAAGGUUUGAUACGCCAUAUACGCCCCGACGGUACACUAGGAAGGGCUUUUGUGGCGUUUAAGGAUGUUGCCUCAGAGUGCGAUACCCGGCUAUUCGAGACUGCCUUCCCACUGGUGGGCUACACCCCAGACGACAAGGCCACCGUCGCCACGUCUAGGACCGGAUCGUCGUCGAGGGUGAUUGGUGAGGUCGUGUUGCAACUUUUCCGGUUACCUCCGCUGCCGGGGAUUUCUCCUGAGAAACUUCCACAAUCUCUGGACGAAUGCAUGCGUGGCUUGAGACAUACUUCGUGGCACAAGAUUACUUAUCUCGAGAGCGUCCUUACUCAGAACGGUGGUGAUUGCUCCUCUUGGAGGAGACGGCAGUUCCGUCUCGUAGGUGCUAAGAUGAUAGCAUUCAACGAUGUGACAAAAAAGGCAACGGCUACCAUCGAUCUUAGGCAAAUGACAGCUGUUGAGGAUGACAAUGAACCCUUACCACCCGAAGCUUCCCAUGCCACCGUUAGCCGGCGGAGAGCAAGAGACUCCUAUGACGGGCUCCUGAAGAUCGAACGAUCAUUCCGGCUGAUCUUUCCAGAAGAGGAGAUCGAGUUCUAUACUGAUACUGAUGAAGAGAAGAGCAAAUGGCUUCAGGUGUUACGGACGCUAAAAGGGAGGAUUCCUCCAAAUCCCUUAUGGGCCGAACUUGUGUGGCAGCAGCAAGAAGAUUUUCGCUCUUCACGGCAUGAACCUGACAGUCUCAAUCGGUCGCGGUAG